AUGCAGCCUCCUACCACCGUCAGGGACCUACAACGGUUGACUGGCCGAUUGGCCGCCCUUAGCCGCUUCUUGAGCAAAGCGGCGGAUAAGACCGUGCCUUUCUUCGAAGCCAUGAAGAAGAAGGAGGGAUUCGUAUGGACUGCCGAAUGCCAACAAUCGUUCGAGGAGUUGAAACAGUACCUCUCAACGCCCCCAGUGCUGUCUACCCCCCAGGUGGGCGAGCCCUUAUUCUUGUACCUCGCCGCCUCAGCCAAAGCAGUGAGUUCGGUGUUGGUCCGAGAGGAGGACCGAGUCCAGCACCCGGUUUAUUACGUAAGUCGCUCGCUGAAGGCCGCUGAGACGCAGUACACCGCUCUGGAAAAGAUUGUGUAUGCAUUGGUAGUCACCGUGCGCAAGCUGGCACCCUAUUUCCAAGCCCAUACCGUUCGAGUUUUGACAGACCAGCCGCUCGGAAGCGUGCUAAGAAACCCCUUGUCCUCCGGCCGACUUGUAAAAUGGGCCGUAGAGUUGACUCAGUAUGGGAUUGAGUACCAACCCCGGCCUUCCAUUAAGGGUCAAGCCUUGGCUGACUUCCUGGUCGAAUGCACAGCAAGAGAGGAAGAAAAGGAACACGCCUCGGAGAGCUGCCCAGGCGAGUGGUGGGAAAUGCACGCGGAUGGAGCAUCGAGUCGACAGCACUGUGGAGGCGGUGUCAUGCUCAUUACUCCGGAAGGAUUCCGGCUAUAUUACGCUCUGAGAUACUUGUUCUCGACAUCAAAUAAUGAAGCCGAGUACGAAGCGAAUGCAAGGAUGGUACUAUACAAAGAGCGUGCGGUCGAGAUGUUAAAAGGGUUCGGGGCUUACGAGAUAGAGUACAUACCCCGAGCGGACAACAUGGAAGCCGACCUAUUGUCCAAAAUUGCCCUGGAAGGGGUACCGGACCACCUGAUAAAAAUUUGCCAGAAGGAGGAGCUAAAUCGGCCGAGUGUUGAAGAGACACCACUGGAAGUCCAGCGAGUAGAUAUCGAGGAAUGGGAUCGAGGAAAAAAUCCCGAAAUGUUCUGGAUAGAGGAUAUCCGGCGAUUCAUAGAAAAAGGCGAGUUACCGGAAGACCCGGGAGUCGCCGCGAGAGUUCGGCGGAAAGUCCCUUCCUUCCAGAUCAUUGACGGACAGCUAUACAAACAGUCGUUCGGAGGACCCUUACUAAAGUGCCUGCUUAGACCUGAGGCCGAGAAAAUAAUGGACGAAGCUCAUAGAGGCAUUUGUGCCGCGCACCAGGGCGCCCAUACACUCGCCCGGAAGUUAGUCGUUCAAGGGUAUUAUUGGCCGACCAUGAUGCGAGACUGCAUCGAAUGGAUGUCCAGGUGCGGCGUUUGUCAAGCAUUCGCCAGGAAAGACACCCGGCCGGCCACCUUUUAUACACCGGUCACCACUGCCAUCCCCUUCGCCAAGUGGGGAAUAGACUUGUUGGGGCCAUUGCCCGUCGCCCCGGGAGGUCUGAAGUUUUGCGUCGUGGCUAUCGACUAUUUCACCAAAUGGAUCGAAGCAGAACCAUUGGCUACCAUCACUGAGUACCAAUGUCGACGUUUUUUGUGGAAAAGGGUGAUAUGUCGCUUCGGCCUGCCCGAGCACAUCGUCAGCGACAACGGGCGACAGUUUGACUGCCAGGCCUUCGCUGACUUCUGCCGCCGACACGAUAUCAAGCAUACCAAGGUAUCAGUGGCGUACCCACAAGCCAAUGGGCAGGUCGAGAAUGUUCUAUCAGUAGAAAAGGAUAGGCUGUAUACGGGCUCGAGGAUUCCAAAAAUCUAA